AGGAAUCAGGGUCCCCUUUUCAACCAGUCGCUUUGAAGUUCCAAUUUUUUUUUUUUUUUAAACCGGGUUUGUUUUGCAGCUAGGAUUUAAAUCCUUCAGUUCUGUGCUGGGGCCUUGCUGGUUCUUCGUGAUUGACCUGAGGCAGCCUCGUGGUGCGGGCGGUCGCGCGGCCGGGAAGCCCAGGCUGAGGUGUUCCGGGAGGGCAUGUUCGGCCGCCUCCCGCCUUGCGCGCUCCGAGUGCGGGCGGGCGCCUUGUUGGGGGCUCUGGGAGCUCGGACUCGCGGCUCCGACGCGGCGCGGCGGGGAGCAGCGGACGACCCUCGGGCGGGCCUGGCGCGCGCGGCGCUGAGGGAGUGGACGCUGCCCGUGAGCCCGUUCGGGCGGCUGAGGGCCCGGCUCCCAUGCCACCUGGUCGUGAGGCCCCUGGAUCCCCUCGCCUACCCAGAUGGCGACCGCGUGCAGGUGGCGGUGUGCGGGGCGGCGCGCAGCCUGGACAGCCUGCAGGUCCAAUACGACGCUGCUCGGCAGGAGAUGGCCAUUCUGUCGGACGACAUCGACCCCCAGGCGUCGGUGGAGGUGAACGCACCCGUCAAGUUUGAUUUGAAUAUUGAGUCAUCAGGGUCUGGCUCUGUAAAGGUGCAGAAUAUUGAAUGUGAUAGCUGUAAAAUUGACACUGUGCAGGGGACCAGCGUCUUGCAGUCUGUGAAGAGCCAAGAAUUACAUGUUCAAACAAAAGGAGGCAAUGUGAUCUGUCUGGGAACAAUUUGCGGAAAUAUAGAUAUUCAUGCAUCACAUCACAGUAUUGUGACCAUAGAUAAACUUCAGGGAAGUUGUGUAAAUAUAUCUACAGAGGAUGGUUUGCUGAAAGUCAAGUAUCUUUAUACAGAAUCUUCAUUAUUGUCUUCUGCUGCUGGGGAUAUUGCAUUAGGAAAUGUUCAUGGAAAUAUCGUAUUACAAAGCAAGAUGGGUAACAUUACAGUGGAUUCAUCCUCUGGAUGUCUAAAAGCCUCAAGCCAUCAGGGUGCCAUAGAUGUUUAUGUCAGCCAACUGGGGGAAGUGGCACUGACAUCACAGGAAGGUUCUAUUACUGUCAAGGCCCCAUCUUCUCUACGAGCUUAUUUACGGUUGUCAGGGAGAGAGGUGAUUGUGGACGAAGAGGCUCAUGUUCAGGAAGUGGCCAAAGAUCAGAAAGGCGGUGGUGUGACGGUCACAGGACUCCUGAAUCAAGCAAGCAGACAUGAAAGGUGGAUAAAUGCCGUUGCCCCCAAAGGCACUGUAAGUUAUAAACAUCAGAGCUGGUUUCAGUCUCUGAAACUGCAGGACUAAGAAUGGUUUCAGCUGUAUUUAUUAAUUUUAAUGUGGAAUAACAGACCUGUGAGUAUAAAAAUGCAGACACCAGUGUUCAUAUAAACGUCAAUAACAGCAGCAUUAGUGGGAAAUACUGGUGAACAGUCUCGGGGGACUUUUGCAAAACUCGCGCUAGCUGUAGAAUUGGUUUUCUGUUGCUGUGUUGCAAAUUACAGAAGACCCCAAAAUAUGUUCUAAGACCUCUGGUGAUUCUUGAAACCACAGACAGUGUCCACCGCUAUACACUUGUUUUUUUAUAAACGCAUAUGCCAGCUAAAUGCCUUUUCUGUUCAACUAAGCUGUGAUAUACUGUGGCCAAACACUUAAACCAUUGUAGUUCCAGUAGCAAAGAGAUGGCUUUCUUUUUCCUCCUUUACGAUUUCACACCCAGUAUGUCUACCCCGACUGUAGGGCCUAGCAGCCUCAGCAUAUAGUUUUGUUUUCUAACUAAGUUGAGAACUUUUACCUUUUUCCUUAAAGCAUUUGUGGCUUCUUUUUGUCAGACCCAAUUGCAAAUACCACUGUGAUUGUACUUUAGAGCUGUUACUUAGAUGAAGACUUCUUGAACUCCAGCACUAUGACUACUGGACACGGACAGGAUUGACAGAUUGAUAGCUCUUUCUCGAUUCCAUCCUCAUUCCAGUUGGAUGGACAAGGUGGCCACUGAGUGACUAACAGAUAGGUAGUAUACACAUAUAGCAUGCAUGUGCAUGGCAAAAGAAUGACUCGCAUCCUGAAUGGAACAACGUAAGAUUUCCUCAUGCUACUUCAGGUGACACAAUUUAAAACUUAUGCAUUAUUUAUAUCUGGGAUUUAUCAGCUACAAGUUACUGAAGAAAUAAAAAGCAAGUCCUUGGAUGGGGCAAGAGAAUAGUUCUACCAUAGUAAUGACCUCAGAUCAUAGUCUUGGUAGCCUUGUGCUCAGUGUGUCACAUGGCUGGAAUAAAGGUGUUAGCCAGGCUGAGGAUAUUAUCUGGGGACUAAGGGGAGAAGUCCCCCAAGUUCACUCACAUUAUAGGAAAAAUGGAAUUCCUUAUGCCUAUAUGAAAUCAUUUCCUUCUGCUUUCCACAAAUAAUCACUCUUUAUAAACACUACCCACAUGCCCAUCUUUUUCCUUAUGUGGACACUCUGUCUUCAAGCAAAACACACAGAAUCCUUCUCAUGCUCUGAAUAUCUGACUUUCUUGUAAGCUGGAGAAAUCUCUGCUUGGUUGGCCAAGAUAUUUAACAUGAUUAUGGGAAUAUCACAUCACAUCCACAGAUCCCACUCAAGAGAUGACUAUGUAAAGGCACCAGUUGUUGGAGUCACCUCAGGAUUGUUGGUAUUGUAAUGCCCAUGUGACAGAUUUCCUUCUUAAUACCUUCUAUGGCAUUGUCUUAAGUUGUGAAUAAAACAUUUAACAUGUAGAUGAA